AUGAGUAAUUCUUCUUCAACAUCUUCCGUUGAUAUUGUAAAUGUCAACAACAGUGGAAUAAAGUUGAUGGUUGAUGAUGUAGGUGCAUUACAAGUUGCAAAGAAUCAAUCAUCUAGAAAAGCUGUUGCCUAUCUAAGUGUUAAAACAAUGCAACAACAUAAUAUAACAAUAGGUGAUAUAAUAUAUUUAAUUAACAAUCAUAAUAGUAAAGAUCAUCAUUUAACUACAAUAGCAAUUGCAUGGCCAUCAAAGAAAGUACCAAUAAAUCAUAUACAGAUCGAUAGUAUACAAAGAGAGAAUUGUAAUACAUCUAUUGGAUCAUUUAUUUAUCUUUAUAAGACACCUUAUUUAUCAUUACCAACAAACAGUAGUAGUAGUAGUAGUUUAUCAUCGAAUUCAAAUAUAUAUGCAUAUCUAGAUGCAAAUGUCGUUAAUGUAGAAUGUCUAACAGAGUCAUCACUUAGCUAUUCACAACAGUUGAAUCAACUUGGAAUGUUAUCACCAAUGAUAGCUUCACAACAAACAGGAUCAUACUUUAAUAUCAAUAACAAAUUCAACGUAACAAUCAAUGGUAGAAAUACAAAGUUUAAUAUAUUAUCAUUUAAUAACAAUAACAAUAGUAAUAACAGUGAUGAUGACAUAUCAACAUCAAUUAGUAAACUUAAUAUAAAUGAAAAAGAACAACAACAAAUAAUAAAACCAAUAUUUAAAAUAACAGAUAAUACAAUAUUUAAUUUAAUAAUAGAUAAUAAUAAUAAUAAUAGUAGUAGUAAUAGCAAUAGUAAUAAUUUAAAAAGUAGUGGUAGUAGUAAUGAAAUAGGAUAUCAUUCAAUUGGUGGCUUAAAGAAGCAAGUAGAUCAAGUAAAAGAGAUGAUAGAGUUAUCAUUCUUUAAGAGUGAUAUCUUGGCAGAGUUUGGUGUGAAACCACCUCGUGGUAUUCUGUUGUAUGGACCACCCGGUACAGGAAAGACAUUACUAGCUAGAAUCGUAUCGAAAGAGAUCAACUCUACAUUAUUCACAAUCAAUGGUGCCGAUAUCCUUGAUAAGUACUACGGUCAGACUGAAAAGACAUUACAAUCGAUAUUCAAAGAUGCUUCACUUAAAUCACCUUCAAUCAUAUUCAUCGAUGAACUAGAUGCUCUAUGUCCAAAGAGAGAUGAUAAUUCAACUGAAAUUGAAAAAAGAGUUGUUGGAAGUAUGUUGACUUUGAUGGAUGGUAUCGAUAGCGGUAGUAAGAUCAUUGUUAUUGGAUGUACGAAUCGACCUGAUUCGUUGGAUUCUGCGCUUAGAAGACCAGGUCGUUUCGAUAGAGAGAUAGAGAUCGGUAUUCCAAAUCCAGAGAGUCGUGAAGAGAUAUUAAAGAUCUUUAUGAACAAGAUACCAAAUGAUUUGACAGCAUCGGAACUAACAGAGAUAGCAUCGAGAACACAUGGUUUUGUAGGUGCCGACUUGGAAGCAUUAUGUAAAGAAGCAGCGUUGAAAUGUUUUCAUAGAGUAGCAUCCACAGGUCAAUUAUUACAUCAACAACAACAACAACAACAACAAACAUCAUCGUUCAAUGAAAUAAAGCUAAAAUAUGAAGAUAUGCUAUUGGCUAUGACAGAGGUUAAACCAAGUUCAAUGAGAGAGGUGGUUGUUGAGAUACCAAAGGUUUAUUGGUCGGAUAUAGGUGGACAACAUCACAUCAAAGAUAAACUGAAGGAAGCAGUUGAAUGGCCGUUGAAGCACCCCGAAGCAUUCAUUCGAAUGGGUAUUACACCACCCAAAGGUAUAUUGUUGUACGGUCCACCUGGUUGCUCAAAGACACUGAUGGCCAAAGCACUGGCAACCGAAUCCGGCUUGAAUUUCAUCGCUGUAAAAGGACCUGAGCUACUAACUAGAAGCAACGCACCCUCUGUGCUAUUCUUUGACGAGAUGGACGGUCUCGCCGUUAAACGUAGCGGUGAAGGCAGCGGUGCUGUAGAGCGUGUGGUCAGUCAGCUACUCACCGAAAUGGAUGGUAUACAACCACUCACAAACGUAACCAUUAUAGCAGCAACCAACAGACCUGAUAUCAUUGAUCAAGCUAUUUUAAGAGCAGGUAGAAUUGAUAGAAUACUUUAUAUUUCACUACCAGAUUUACCAUCAAGAAAAGAAAUUUUUAAUAUUCAUAUGAAAAAGGUUCCUCAUACCGAUGAUAUAGAUAUAAACAAACUUGCAGAAAUUACUGAUGGUUAUAGUGGUGCCGAGGUUGCAUCGAUCUGUAGAGAAGCUUCUAUCUGUGCCAUGAAAGAGAAUAUACAUGCCGAGUUUGUAUCGAUGAGACACUUUGAAUCCGCCAUACACCAAGUAAAGAAAGGUAUCACCGAUGAGAUGAUUGCAUUCUACGCCAAAUACCAAGAACAAUCAAAUCUGCAAAAGCUUUAG